AUGCGCAAACACUAUGCAGUAACAUGGACUGAUAAAUACAAGGACAAAGAUCAAAAAAGAAGUGGGUCGGCAACCAACCAGCUCCCAUCAAACAGAGAUUACUUGGGGGACUUUUUGGUGUGGCGGCCGCCAAUUGGUUUGGAGAAGAACCAGACAUUCUGGGUAGUUUUAUCAUUAUGGCUGGGUUUGGUUGGAGCUGCCCUGUUUCUGCAAAAAUGA